AUGGCAUUCCGAAUUAGGCCCUUAACAAGCGGGCUUCGAGGCCUCACAGCCCUCCCCCGCCUCUCAUCACUCCAAUCCCAAUCCCGACUCAUCUCAUCAACAACCCACCCCCAAAAACCGGCCACCCCGCAAACCCACCCCUCAUCCUCAUCCCCAACAAGCACAAACGACAUCGAAAUCGAAGUCCUAGAACGCACAAUCCUGCGCCCCGAACGCGCAGAAGGAACGUGCUCCGGCACCGACAACGCCGUCGGAAUCUCCCGCACAGCCUACGACCCAUCCACCACAACACCCGAAUCCGAAUUCGCGUGUUUCGAAUCUGAAUUCAGUCCGUCGGGCCGAACGGAUCCACUGUUCAUCAGUCCUGCAAACAGGGACUUCUCCCAGCUAUUGUCUCGAGAGUUAGACGGGCGUGCGAUCGAGGGCGAUAAGCUGGAUCGCCUGGGUAUGGGCGGGAGUGUGCGUGGGUGGGUGAAGAAGGGGAAGGAGGUUAAGGUGCGGGUUAUUGGGAAGGAUGGGAAGGGGCAUGAGGUUUGGAGACGGAUGAGGAUGGGGAUGGGGGAUGAGGGGGAUCCGUUUGAGAGGUUGCUUAGGGGGUUGAGGAGGGUGCAGAUGAGGGAUCAAGCGGAGAGAAAGGAGGGGAGUCAGAAGGAGGUUUGA